AAUGGCUGCGCCUGUGAGCUCGUGGGGCGAGUAAUGGGGCUGCUUGGGAAUGACCCCCUGCGGUCCCGAAAGAACCAGAAAAACAUCGUCUGGUAGGAUCGGGAAUUGCGGCUUGGGAGGGAAGACAUGGAUACUCCUGCAGACACCUGGGACAAUUUCCAUGAUCAUUUAACUUUCCUGUGGCUGAACCGAUUUUACCUCUAUUCAUGUGCAGCUUUUGGAAUCAGCCUUUGGUUUUGCUUCCAGUUCCUCAACAAAGUCAAAGAGCAGAACAAAAAUCGCCUUGCAGAAUUAAACCUUCCUAAAAUCACAGCUGCUGAAAAAGAACAAGAUCCAUGCCUUGACAAAGUCCAUGUAGCCGGAGUGAAAGUAUUCUAUGGUUCCCAGACUGGAACAGCAAAGCGGUUUGCACUAGUACUUACUGAAGCUGUUGCCACCAUUAAUUUGCCAGCAGAAAUUAUUGACAUGCAAGAUUAUGAUCCAGAUGACUCUCUCAUAGAUGAGAUAAGCAGCCAGAAUAUCUGCGUGUUCUUAGUUGCCACUUACACUGAUGGCAAACCCACGGAGAAUGCUGCGUGGUUCUGCAAGUGGCUGGAAGAGGCGGCCAAUGACUUCAGAGUUGGCAAAGCAUAUCUGAAGGGCCUGCGAUACGCUGUCUUUGGUUUGGGAAAUUCAGUUUAUGCCGACCACUUCAACACUGUGAGCAGGAACAUUGACAAGUGGCUGUGGAUGCUGGGUGCUCAACGCAUUCUGUCAUGUGCUAGAGGGGACAGCAAUGUGGUGAAGAGCCAGCAUGGAAGCAUUGAGGCUGAUUUUGAGGCUUGGAAGGCCAAGUUGCUCACGAGGGUUCAAGCUGUUGCCAAAGGGGACCAGAAGGCCUGUAGUGGGACAUGCAAAAAAGGGCGAUGUAGAUCCAAACCAAAAGUGAGAGAAGAAGCAAAAGAGCAAGAGACCUCAAAGCAUGCGGAGAAAGAAGAGGAGGAUUUGUUUGAAACCACAAGUGAGGAGGAAUCUGAUAUAGAGAAUGGUAGAGGUGCAGAUCAGGUUGUGGAUGUUGAAGAUUUGGGCAAAAUGAUGGGCCACAUGAAGAAAUCUCAGAAAGAGCAUCAAACUGACGGAGAGGUUCCCAUUGGAGCUGGAACUCAACAUGGCAAAGGGGAGGAUGGGAGAAGAGAGAUGAUCACCCCUGCUCUUCGAGAGGCACUCACAAAGCAAGGUUAUAGAUUAAUUGGGAGCCAUUCUGGAGUGAAGCUUUGCCGAUGGACAAAGUCAAUGCUUCGUGGAAGAGGAGGCUGUUACAAGCACACCUUUUAUGGCAUUGAAAGUCACCGCUGUAUGGAAACCACACCGAGUUUGGCUUGUGCUAAUAAAUGUGUCUUCUGUUGGAGACACCAUACAAAUCCUGUUGGGACAGAGUGGCGAUGGAAGAUGGACCAGCCAGAGAUGAUCUUGCAGGAAGCCAUUGAGAACCAUCAGAAUUUGAUCAAACAGUUCAAAGGAGUCCCCGGCGUGAGAAAUGAUCGUUUCAGAGAAGGGAUGGAGGCCAAGCAUUGUGCACUGUCUCUUGUUGGGGAGCCAAUCAUGUACCCACAGAUCAACCAGUUCCUAAAGCUGCUGCAUCAUCGCAAUAUUUCAAGUUUUUUGGUUACAAAUGCACAGUUUCCAGAGGAAAUUAGGAACCUCCAGCCUGUCACACAGCUGUAUGUCAGUGUGGAUGCCAGCACCAAAGAUAGUCUGAAGAAGAUUGAUAGACCUCUCUUUAAAGACUUUUGGCAGCGGUUUCUAGAUAGCUUGCAAGCCUUAGCUGAAAAGAAACAGCGCACUGUAUACAGAUUAACACUGGUGAAAGCUUGGAAUGUGGAGGAGCUGAAAGCUUAUUCAGAUUUGGUGUCUCUUGGCAAGCCAGAUUUCAUAGAAAUUAAGGGUGUGACAUACUGUGGGGAAAGCUCAGCCAGCAGUCUCACCAUGGCCAACGUCCCUUGGCAUGAAGAAGUGAAGCGUUUUGUGCAAGAUCUGGCUGACCUCCUCCCAGACUAUGAAAUUGCCAGCGAACACGAGCACUCCAACUGUCUCCUCAUUGCCCACAAAAAGUUCAAGAUCGAAGGGAAAUGGCACACCUGGAUUGACUAUGAUCGCUUUCAAGAAUUGGUCCAUGAAUAUGAACAGAGUGGAGGAAUUAAAACAUUCACUUCUGCUGACUAUGUAGCACUGACUCCUCCUUGGGCAGUGUUUGGAGCUAAGGAAAGAGGUUUUGACCCAAUGGAUACAAGAUUUCAACGAAAAAACAAAAUAAAGGACAUCUCUGGAUGCUGACAACUUUAAAAUUGGACCAUUUGUGAGCCAGAGCUAGGAUAUAACCAGAAUUUUUGGUUUGUACACUAACAUCAGAAAGUGUUGAAUAAAAGUUGAGAUUUCCAUUUCU